AUGGGAAACAGUAGCUUUUCUCCUGUAUUGAUACCAUCUGUUUCUGAACAAGCAAAAAGCCGCAAGGGCGAAGAAGAAUAUCACAAGCUCCUCCUGCAAGCAAAUACUAAGGGAGGAAAGAAGUUCAGUAAUAAACAAGUAGCUGAGAUUCUGGAAGCCACCCCUGGCUUUCCGGAUGAGGCGCUUUUAUAUAAUCCAGAAUUUGUCGGAGCUCAUAUCUUCACCAAGACUAUCAAUUCACAGACCACGUUAAUGAGAUUGUGGCAGGUCCUCCAACAUCUCAUGAUCCGCUGUUUUCAAGCUUCAUCAAUUCCCCUUGGAACCGGCCGCCGCAUAGGCGCCGACAUCCCGCCGAUGGUAAAACACAUUGAGAACCCGGAGUUCAAGAAGGAAGAGGCAGAAGCAUAUCACGCACAUGACAGUAUUCACCGCUGCCACCUUUUUAUCAGGGACGAGGAGCGCCCGGAACGAAUCCAUUAGAAUAUAAGUAAAUUCUGUCAGUUAAUACUGGGCUCCUCGUGGCUCGGUUUCAUCCACAUUAGAAAAACACUGGUGGCUUCGAAGAUCUCACAAGCCAUUGGGGCUGUAAAGAGACGAGUGUGGAUCCCAA